GGCGUCUUGUCGGCCCUGGCCCCCAUCACCCCCCACAUGGCGGAGGACGCCUGGCUCAACCUGCCCUGGCCGCGGCCAUCGGACAGCGUCUUCCAGGCCGGCUGGGCAGGCAGCAGCAGCAGCAGUAGCGACGGCGACGGCGAGCAGGGGCAGCAGCAGCAGCAGCAGCAGCAGCAGUACCGGCGGCGGCUGGCGGCGGCGGAGCGCGCGGAGUGGGCGGGCGUGCUGGCUGUGCGCGACGCGGCCAACGCGGUGCUCGAGAAGGCGCGCGCGGCGCGGCUGAUCGGGCCGGCGCUGGAGGCGCGCCUGGUGCUCCAUGUCGAGAGCGAGCCGGUCGCCGCCGCGCUGCGGCGGCUGGCCGCGGCGGCCAACGGCGCCGACGAGCCGCGGUACGUGCUGAUUGCGUCCGAGGUUAGCGUCGCCGGCUCAGCGGCCGAGGCGGAGGCGGCGGGGGCGGGCGCAUUCUGCGAGGGGGUGGCGACCGAGGCGGCGGGGCGCGUGACGGUGGCGGUCGCGCGGGCGGCGGGCAGCAAGUGCGCGCGCUGCUGGAACUUCAGCGCGGAGGUGGGGGCUGCGGACCCGGAGCACCCGGAGCUCUGUGAGAGGUGCGUCCCUGUCAUCCGCGCGUCGGGUUUCCAGCUGCCGGGGGCGGGCGCCGCGGCGGCUGCUGCGGCGGCGGCGGCGGACAAGGCGCCGGUCGCGGCGUGA